UCAAAUCUUGAAGCUCCCAUUCCCGCUUGACACCUCUCCAUCCGUCUCAGUUCGUGGCUCAGGCUCAGCGCUGAGUGUUUCUCGCUAAUCGAGAUUGGAGGCGGCUGGCUUGACACCUUAAAGCCUCGAUCUGCCCGACGAUGUCUGCCGCUGUUCCAUGACAUGGCUUCCCUCUCCUGGGCAGACUAUGGGCCAUCCUCGACUCCCCAAGAUCCCCAAAACAUCGACUAUCGACUCAAGAAGAUCACCACCCGCCAGCUAUUAUCCUGCACGACGUGUCGUGAACGCAAAGUCAAGUGCGACCGAACCAAGCCAUGUUCUGCGUGUUGCGCACGUGGGCAUCCAAAGGAAUGUGAAUUUGUCGUCGGUGAGGGUAACGAUUACAGUCCCAUUCAGCAGUCAUAUGAGAUACGCAAGCUGCGACUGGAAAACCAACAGCUCAAAGAACGACUUCAGGCCAUCCGGCAAGGCCAUCCUGAUGAUGACGGCGCGGAAGACGAUGUGGCACUGGACCAACGACCAUCAAGGAGUGGCACGAAGCCCGUCACUGCGCGCCAACGCAGCUUGAGGACGAUUGACCGCGUUGACAACAUCUACUUCGGCACUCCGGGUCUUGCAAGCAUUGUUUCGGAUUUCGCCAACCUGCAGCUGGGUGCACACUCGUUGACGCACACCGUUCCCAAAGGUCGGGAUCUGUAUGCAGCCGACUCUUCGCCAUACCCCUUCCCCGUCAUCUUCAACCACUCCACCAGCUCUGCUCUAUUGGAACUUCUGCCUCCCAAAGAAGAACUUUUAGAAUACCUUGAUCUCUUCCAGCGUCGUGCUCAACCUUGCGUCUUUCCGUUCACACCUGAGGAGGCGACGAAAAAGGAAGUUGAGCGCUUCUUAAGCGAUGCAGAGCAUAACACCGAGACGGCUCCAGAUGUCCUGGCUUUGAUCUUUGCAACGCUCGCUACUGGAUUGCACAUGGGUCAGUACGACCGUAAUGGCGGCCAGUGGAACGCCGUGACCUCCGCUGCGAUUCGUCGAAGACAAGAUGCCUUCUUGGCUGCGAGCAUGCAAGCCUUGCGGAAUGCAUCGUUCAUGAACAUGCCCACGCUACCAGGUAUUCAGACUCUCCUCAUGAUGGGACCGUACUUGACAAACACGGGCCGCUUCCUCGACGCAUGGACGCUGUUCGGCACUACAAUACGCCUCGCUCAUUCCAUCGGACUCCAUCGAAACCCCAAAUUUCUCGACCCCGUCCCGCUUUUACCAGAAUGCUCUGCACGGCAAGCGCUUUGGUGGUGGAUGCUGCACAUGGACCAGCAAUACUCUGUCACUCUUGGUAGGCCGCUUGGAAUAUCUGGCACCGGCGACUGCAAUCCACCUGAGCAACUGACUACGAACCCAACCAUGCUUCGACUCAGCGAGUUCACGCAUUACUUCACCAUUCUCGCACGUCUCAUCUUGAGUAGCAAUGGCAUGAUGGCUGUGGCCAAAAUUGAUGAAUACACUGACAAGCUGCUUGGCCUGUGGGAUACAAUGCCCAGUGCGUUGCAGUUUGACGAGCGCUGGGUGCAUUCCGAGACCGCACUGCCGGAGUGGCCGAUGGAUGUGCUGUCCACAUCAUUAUUCGUCAAAGUGCAAUCGUUCUUGAUCCUCCUCAAUCGGCAACGUAUCGAACGAACACAAGGUUCGGAUCCAAGAGGCCCGUCGCCGCCCUCAUAUGCAUCCACAAUGAGCAACCGAUGCAGCGCCGAGGGCUUCCCUCGCCAUCCAGCACCGGUGCGCGGCCGAGCGCUAGUCAUCAACUCCUGCUUGCAGAUCAUCAAGGCCUUCAUGUUCUUCAAACAUCGACAUCCCGCCCUGCUCGUUUGCUGGACGACGAGUCAACAGGCCUUCAACGCUUGCAUGAUCCUGCUCCUCGACGCAUGGGAGACUAACGACGAUCAGCAUGAAUGGCUCAUCAGACAAGCUUAUACCGUCUUUCGCGAACUUGAAAUGCACAAAGUGCACUCCCUUGCCGAGCUGGCGGUCAAUCGCAUCUCGGGCAGUCUUCAGAAGCUCGGUCAGCGGCGCGAAGAAAGAGCAAGACUGGACUCCGUGUCGAUGUCGAGAUCUGGCAGCGACAUUCAACAUCCAUACUCCAUGCCAUUCGACAACGCGGCUUGCGUGAAUGACGACGAUUGGCCUCAGUCUACAGUCAUGGGGAAUACAGGCGUGUUGCUGCUCGAAGACCCAGGCUUGCAGUCCUACAUCCCGCACCCCUUUCAACCCCUCAACUGGAACGCGAUGGGCAGCAACAACGACCACCAACAGCAGCAAAGCGACGUGGACAUGCUCUCUUCCCCCAUCGACAACAGCAUCCCAGUCAGCCAGGCCGUCGCAGCCCCCUUCCCCCUAACCUCCGCUCCUCCUCUCUCCGCCUUCUUCUCGCCAACCCCAGCAAUGCCCGCAAGAACAUCGCCGUUUCUCCUCGGCUUGCAACCACGCAUGCCCCUCUCACCCGCCGCAUCCUACCGACGAUCUCUCCAUCAGAAGCGGCGAGGACCCACCGCAGCGGCCGCUACUUUUACACCGGUCAAUGACAAUGUGAGCCUGCCUUCCUCCCCUUUUUCCAAGUUUUCAUGUGGAGUUCGCUGACACGUCGAUGCUAUGCUGGAGUAGGACGUACCAAUGUCCUCGUCUCAUUUCCAACCGUAUCCUCCACCGCGCGGUGCUGCGCACGCUGUGCCUCACUCCAGACCACGCGGCGGGCAUAGGUAUGAUGGGAAGUCGGGGCGGUCGUUGCCGAGACGGUAAGGGGGUGGGUUUGAGGGUGAUGACGAUUGGGGUCCUAGGAGUCUGCGAUACCCC